UUUUUUUGUUCUUGUAGUGGCAUUGACAAAUUCAUUGUUUGCCAAGAGGAGCUGAUGGGCCUUUUUGUCAUCUGUCCGGCCUGUUGUGAGAGGUCAGACAGUAGCAUCGUGCAGCAGGAAGGAACUUUUCUUAAGAUCAAGCAGGUCUGUGCAUCAUGUGGCUACCACCGUUUCUGGCAAAACCAGCCAAUGCUCCACAGGAACAUGCUGACCUGCAACCUCCUGUUAAGCGGGGCCAUUCAUUUCACUGGAUGUUUGGCCACCCAGACAUUAAGUAUGUUGACUCUGUUUGGCCUGCAGUGCAUCAGUGCGAGCAGUUACUUUGGCCAUCAGCGCCGCUACACCAUCCCUGUAAUCGUUCAAGCCUGGCAAAACGAUCAAUCGAAGAAUUUUAGUGACCUACGGGCAAUGGAUGGUGGGCUAGUUCUUGCCUGUGACUGCAGGUCAGAUUCUCCUGGGCACUGCGCGAAGUAUGGAUCCUACUCUCUGAUCGAGGACAGAGUGAACAAGGUGGUGGAUGUUCAGCUUGUUCAGAGCUCAGAGGUCCCCAACAGCUCAUGGUGUGAGCUUGAAGGGCUCAAGCGCAGUGUUGGCCUGCUGAGGGGAAAGGACCUGCAUUUAGCCUAGCUGAUCACGGACCGUCAUCGCCAGGUUGCCAAAUGAGUGAGAGAGGAGCUGAGCCCUGAAGGGACACGGCAUUAUUUUGAUGUGUGGCACAUUGCCAAAAGUCUGGGGAAGGCAUUGGAUGCAGCUUCAAAAGAGUGUGACCAACUACAGCUGUGGAGGCCUGCUAUAGUGAAUCACCUCUAUUGGACUGCAGCCUCAACCCCAGACGGCAACCCAGCAGUCAUGGAGGCUAAAUGGAAAAGUUUAGUCAACCACAUCCAGGACAUCCAUGACCAUGACACCCCUGCUUUCUCCAGUUGUGCCCAUGGCCCUCUAGACGGGGAUCAGCGCAACAAAGAGUGGCUGGACCCAGGCUCAUUGGCAGCAGUAAAGUUGGAGAACAUAAUCACGAGGACUGCCUUACUGAAAGAUGUUCGACAGCUGUCUCCACAGCAUCAGACAUUCUCCCUUGAGGCUUACCACUCCCUCAUCUUGCACUUCGCACCCAAGCACACAGGGUUUUCAUACGUUGGGAUGUAUAGCAGGCUUCUCUUAGCGGCGCUGCAUUACAAUCACAAUGCCAACCGCGAGACAGCACGGAAAAGUGAUGGGACGGAGAAGUACUGCGUGCGGUAUCCGCGCUUCAGAAAAGGUGCCCAUGUGGUGCGUCCCAUCAAAGAGGCAGCCUCAUACGGUUAUGCAACAUCACUGAUGAAGGCCCUUCAGGAAAGCUACACCCAUUCACCUGCAGCUCUUCGAGAGGUUAGCGCUAAUUUGUCCUCCGAUGCACCCGCCCCCAUCGCUAAAUCCUUCGAACAGGUUCCUAAGGAGGAGGCCGUCAGCCUCUUCCUAGCCCGGCAGUCACGCUACAAGAGAACCUAAAUUCACAUUAUUAUUAUUAUUUUUUUCCACAGACAAGUCCAAUGAUUUAGUUGUAAGUAUUUAUUUUAGUUGUUAUUUAUCUUCUUUCCUUCUGUCCCUGUCAUCUCAUUUGGUGGUGGUUUCCUGUAUUAUGCAUGUUUUGUGUGUUGUUGCUUUGGUUUUACUUUGCACUAAAUCAUUACUUUUUUCGUCUUUGUACGUGGCAUUAAUUGUCGCUGUACCCCAUUCAAGGGGUCCUGCAUGCUGCAUGUCUGCUCCUCUGUCUGUUAGUUGCAUGAAAUUUGUUUUAUGUAAUUCAAAAUAAUUUACCAAUCAUUUUACCUGUGCCUUGUCAACCUCUGUGUGCGGUGUUGUCUGGGUUCACUGUGUGUCAGCUUGAUAUGCUUUUGCAUGCAUCACUGCAUAUGCAUUCAUGAAAGAGUGUGAGUGUGUGUGAGUGUGAGUGACUGUGUGUGAGUAAGUGAGUGUGAGUGAGUGCGAGAACCAUCAGUUGACCCUCAGGUAAGACCACACUUUUGCAGGCAAAAGAAACAAUGUGCAAAGGUUUCAGGUCUAGCCCUUCAUCAGUGGGCUUGUUUUAUAUAGAUUUGUUUACUUGCAACCUGUGUCUUUGUUCAGUAAUCCUUGUCCUUGUUCAGUAAAUGUUUAGUAACCCUUACAAGCAAU